GCUAGGGCGCUGUGGAUUGCGAGGGCGCGCCCGUCGCGGCUAGUGCACAGGCCGGGCAUAAUGCGAUCCAGAAGUGGCUAGGCGAUCGCGCGAGUUUCUUGGUCGAUCAAUCCACAAGAAGCUAUGGCGGAUCAUAGUCCGCCGCCUGUGGCGGGAGAGAUCGACACAACUGCGCCGUUUGAAUCUGUCAAGGCCGCCGUGAAUCUCUUUGGGGAGAUCGCCGAUUCUAAAGCUUUGAAGUUUCCUAGUGCCGAGAAGCGCGCAUCGCUGGAGCUCCAGCAGCUUCGCGAGAAUUUGGCGGCGACCAGACAGCAGCUCUCUCAAGCGCAAACGUCCAAAAACGCUCUUUUCCAGGAGCUGCUAGAGACCAAGCGCCUUGUCGAGUUUAAAACUUCUCAGCUCGCCAACGUUUUAUCGUCCAAGCCGUCGAGUUCAGAGGUCGUCCGCCAGGCGGAAGAAACGUACACGCAGAUCGAUGCUGUGUCAAAUGUUGUCCAGGAGAAAUACGAGGAGGCAGUCGCGAAUUUGGCCACCACGGAAAUGGAGGUUGAAAGGCUAAAUGCUGAGAUAGAGAGCUCGGUGGCUGCGCUGGAGGAGCAGCAGCAAGGCCAUCAAGGUGAAGAGAAAAACUCGUUUUUGGCAGAGAACGCAACAGAACCUCCACAAAUCGUAGAUAACACGGAGGGGCUUAAGAACGAGCUAGCUGCGACAAAAGAGUCCGAAGAGAAGCUGCUGGAGGAGAUCGCCGGCUUGAGAUCCAAACUCGACAAGGCGAAAGCCGAGGUAGAAGAAGCUCGGGUUUCAGAGACGAAGGCUACGAAAGCUGCAGGCGACGCGGCUCAGGAGCUCGCAAAUUUGAGAUCGAAACUAGACACUUUGGUGGAGGAGAAGAACACGCUCGCCGCUCUUUCCGAGUCGCUGCGAGACCAGCUCGUCAAGGCAAAGAUGGAGCUGGAAGCUCUCAAAGACGCUGCCGAGUCCGAGGCCCUGCCUUCGUCAAGCGCCGCGGCGGAGCUGCAAAAGGUCCGAACCGAGCUCGCAGCACUGGUUGCGCUGGAGGCCAAGGCAAAAGACACAAUCGCUGGAGUUUCACAGGCUUUACAAAAGGUGACGUUUGAAGCGGACGAGUCCCGGCUAGCCGCCGAGGCCGCUCUGGAGGAAGCCCACAAAGCAAAGCAGGAGCUCGAGGAGGCCAAAGCUGCGGCAUUUACAGCCGAGAGCCGGCUCGAGGCAGCGACGAGGGAGGCUGCGGCUGCCAAGGCCGGCGAAAGCAUGGCUCUCGCUGAACUAAAGAUGCUCUACGAGAAGAAAUCAUCGGUGGAAGAUAUCAGCUCUCCCAGCGACAAGGAGGCGCUCGGCAAAUCAAAGAAAGAGUGUGACAACCUCCGGAAAAGGCUCCAGGAGGCGGAGGAACUGGCGGAGAUGAAAGUAGCGGCGGCGCUGGCCAAAGUUGACGCUGCAAAGGCGAGCGAGCGGGAGAUCCGAGCGAAGCUGGAGGCCGUCCGGGGCGAAGUCGAGACGAACAGAUCGAUGGCGAAGCAGGCGCUCCACCGCGCCGAGACGGCCGAGGCAGCGAAGUCGGCGAUAGAGAACGAACUGAGAAGAAGACGCAGGCCCGCGGACCACUCCACUGGAGUGGCUUCGUCGACGACGUACAGAGGAGGAUCUCCCUUGCAAGCCGGAGCGACGGUGCAAACUCCGGACCGAAGGAUGGAGCCGCUACACCAUCACACGAUGGCGAGGAGGAGCUUGGACUACACCGCGACCGAUCACAGCUUCGUCUCGGCGGACGUCUCGGCCGAGUCCAUCGCGCAGCUCCUCCAGCUCAAAGUUUCGCCGCUCAAGACGUCGCUGCCGAUCGCGGAGAAUCCCGAGAAGUCGGACAAGUCGGAGAAGAAGAAGAAGAGCAAGCCGUUUAUGAAGCUGGGAUCUUACUUGAGCAGGAGGAAGAGCUCAGUUGGAUCCACUUCUCCCAGGAUGUGAGCGAGCGAGCUCGCGAGAUCGCGCGCAUUGGGGUGGAGUGGAGAGAUUUUGGUCGCGGCUUCCCACAAGUUUGGAAGAAAGACAAAGGAGCGCUUCCGAGAAGCUUGGAAGAACAAAGAUUUGCCAAAAGCGCGAAGAAAAACUACACACACAAAGUUACAAACUAAGAAAAUGUGGAGGUAAUGUAUUAAAUUUUUUGGUGUUGUUGUAUUGCUGUGAAUAAAUCUAAACCAUGGAAUAGAUCGA